GGUUUUCCAUACGUUUAGACGUGAUUUUUUACAAAUUUUCAACAUGAGUAAAAGUGAAGUUGUCAUUGUAUCAGCAGUCAGAACACCCAUAGGAUCUUUUUGUGGUACUUUAUCUGCAUUAAAAGCAUCGGAUUUAGGAAGUAUAGUUAUUCAAGAAAGUCUUGCAAGGGCUCAUAUUAAACCUGAAGAUGUUUCUGAAGUUAUAUUAGGGCAGGUAUUAACUGCAGGGCAAGGACAAAAUCCAGCAAGACAAGCAGCAAUGGCAGCUGGCAUUCCUAAGUCUGUUCCUGCUUAUUUAAUUAAUAUGCUCUGUGGUUCUGGAUUGAAAGCAGUAAUGAAUGGUUAUAUGUCUAUAAAAGCUGAAGAAAGCCAAAUAGUUGUAGCUGGUGGCCAGGAAAGUAUGAGUCAAAGUCCACAUGUAUUGUGCCUUAGAAAUGGUGUCAAAAUAGGAAAUUCUAGUUUAAUAGAUACUUUAGUCUUCGAUGGUUUGACUGAUGCAUUUCAUGAUAUUCAUAUGGGAAUAACAGCUGAAAAUGUAUCUAAAGACUUUAAUAUAAGUAGAAAAGAACAAGACGUGUAUGCACUUACAUCUCAACAAAAAGUGAAAGCUGCAAUGACUGCAGGCUACUUUGACAAAGAAAUCGUCCCCGUAAAAACGUCUACUAACAACAAACUUAUUACUCUGGAGAAAGAUGAAUAUCCUAAGUUUAAAAUGACUAUGGAAUAUCUUCAAAAAUUAAAACCUGCUUUUCUAGAAGCUGAAGGUACAGUUACAGCUGGUAACUCUUCUGGCAUCAAUGAUGGAGCAGCAGCAGUAGUUCUUAUGUCAGCAGAGAUUGCUGCGCAAAGAGGACUUUCUCCAUUAGCUAAAAUUGUUGCAAUGGCUCAAGUUGGAAUGGAACCAAGAGUUAUGGGUAUAGGCCCUAUACCAGCAAUUGAAUUAGUGUUGCAAAAAGCAAAAUGGACAAAAGAAGAAGUAGAUUUAUACGAAGUGAAUGAAGCUUUUGCUUCACAGUCGAUAGCUUGUAUAAGAACUCUUGAUCUAGAUCCUAAUAAAGUUAAUAUAAAUGGAGGAGCUAUUGCAUUAGGCCAUCCUAUUGGUGCAUCUGGUGCCAGAGUAUUAGUAACUUUAUUACAUUCCUUAGAAAGGAUUGAUGGAAACAAAGGUGUUGCAUCUUUAUGUAUCGGUGGAGGGAUGGGAAUAGCAAUUGCUGUUCAAAGAAAAUAACAAACACUUCACCCAAUUAGGUAUUAUUUAUACAGUAAAGAUAACACUUUUUUGGUAGUGGUGCAUUGUUAUUUUAUGAC